AUGGCAAUGGCCCAGGCCUGUCGUUUCCUGCACCAAAUCUUGGCUGGUGUUGAGCGAGUCCACCAAACGAAUGUGGUGCACCGAGACAUGAAACCCGAGAACCUGCUGUUGGAUGAGCGCGAAUGCAUCAAGAUUGUGGACUUUGGUCUAAGCAACACCUUCCAGGAUGGGCAGUUGUUGCAAACCGCCUGUGGUUCUCCAUGCUACGCCGCACCAGAGAUGAUUGCGGGGAACCAGUACUUCCCGCCCAUGGUGGACGUGUGGAGCUGUGGAGUGAUCCUCUUCGCGCUGGUCUGCGGAUUCCUCCCUUUCGAGGACCAGAACCAUUCGGAGCUCUACAAGAAGAUCUUGAACGCCGAGUACGAAGUGCCCAACUUUAUCAGCAAAGAGGUGGCAGGUUUGAUCGCCGGGAUGCUCACCACGGACCCCGCGGCGCGGAUGACCCUGGAGGAUAUCCGUAAGCACGUUUGGUACCAGCAGAUUCCCGAGGCGAGUUUGAAGGAUCGCGAGGACGACCAGCUGGACGAGGCCAUUCUUGAUCAGCUCGACAGCUACGGCUUCCCACGCGAGUACGCCAUGAAGUGCUUGCAGAACAACAAGCACAACCACGUGACCACGACGUGCCCAUAG